AUGUUUGUGUGUAACUCUGGCUAUAGUGGACCGUUUCCUGCAAUCUUUGGUGCAUUGGAAUCGUGCUUUCAAGCUCUAUCAAGCUGCUAUAGUAGUGGAAUUUUACAGCUACGAGUCCUGGAGGUACUACUGGAGGUGCUGGAGGUGUUGCUGGUGGUGGAGGUACUAGAGGUGCUGCUAGUGCUGGAGGUACUGGAGCUGCUAGUCCUGGAGGUACUGGAGGUGCUGGAGGUGCUGGACGUGCUGGAGGUACUGGAGCUGCUGCUGGUGCUGGAGGUACUGGAGCUGCUCGUGCUGGAGGUACUGGAGCUGCUCGUGCUGGAGGUACUGGAGCUGCUGCUGGUGCUGGAGGUACUGGGGCUGCUAGUGCUGGAGGUGCUGCUGGUGCUAGAGAUGCUGGAGAUGCUAGAGCUGCUGGUGCUGGAGGUGCUGGAGCUGCUGGUGUUGAAGGUUCUGGAGGUGCUGGUGUUGGAGGUGCUGGAGCUGAUGUUGCUGGAGGUGCUGGAGCUGCUGGUGCUGGAGAGUCCCUGA